AUGGCAGACCCCGUAGACUAUCGCGAUGUUUAUGUUGGGCUCUACAACGACUUCAUCAAAGACCAGCAGUCAGUGGCAGUUUUGAGAAAGCAGAGCAUUGUUCUUGACAAGGUCUGUGCGUCGGGUUUCCUUUGCAGUGAAGACGACCUGGAAAACACAAUAUCCAAAGACAUUGAAACAGCCUUCCUCGGCAACCUUCCCGAAGACAGAGAUGACGGCAUGAUUCUUGAAGACUAUGACUUGGAAAAAGAAGCAGAAGAUUGGAAAAACUAUUCGAGCGAACUUGUCCGAAGUGCUGACAUUCCAACUACGAAAGAGGGGUUUGACGAAGCGGUCUAUCAAUACCUGUAUGCUAACUUGUGGAACUAG